AUGUACGCGGGUGGCUCGUCCCAAGAGGCUGAACACGGAGACGACCCUGACAGCAACGUGUACAACUCAAUCGACGAAGAUGACAUCGAGAACCAACAGCAGCCAGAUGCAGACAAAGAAGAUGGUGGACAACCAACUGAUGAAGAGAAAGGCACCAGACUACCCAGUAGGGUGAAGAAGGACGCCUGUGGCAUGCUUAAUAACCCAACCUACUCCUCUGGGGCACAAGUUAAAGAGACCAAAGUUGCCUGCUGGAAGAGAUUGCUGCGCCUGUCGUGUCCAGUGGGAGAGGCUCUAUCAAUCGACCACGCCAACUUUGGACGGACGACCACUUCAACCCACUGCCGCUGUACUACGUGCGACACCAACUGUCGCGGAGCCACCAGCCUGAAGGACAUGAAGGCCGCCUGUGAGGGUUCUCCGCAUUGCUCCGUGAAAGCAGUAACAGAGGUGUUCGGGGACCCCUGCCCCGGAACUCAGAAGUACUUGGAGGCAACAUACCACUGUGUUAAAGUGAGUCCUGUCACAGAGGAUCAGCUGCGGACACUAGUGACUAAGUACGCACCUAAAGUAUGGCUGGCGAAAGGCGAGAAGUACAACCCUUCCAGCAUCGACUUUCAUCUUCAGCACGUCAAAGUGUACGAUGGUCGCAGUGUAUACUCCAGCACGCCCUCUACCCUUCCCACAUGUACCGAGGCUUGUUACAUGAGCACCGCCCAACCCCUGCCGCAUGCCGAAGCCAAGUUGCCUUUCUUCAGGGGAGAGCAGAUCGGGCCCACCAGGCAACCCCCCGUGUACGCUGUUGUAAAGAGGGUCAAUGCGAUCACUACAGACAUCUUCUACUGGAUGUUCUUCCCGUACAACUUGGGAAAGAAAGUUUGCGUCGGAGUCACUAUUUUUGGAUGCAUCGGCAAGCAGCGGACAUUGGCGCAUCGUGUGAGUGACUGGGAACACAUGACAGUUCGUCUGGUGGGCAAAAAUCCAAGCAGCAUCUUUGUUGAUUCUCCAGAAGCAUCUGCAGGUAUAUACAACUGGGACGGCGCAUCACAGACUUACAGGAAGGGUGAAGACGUUGUACUGACUGAGGGGACACAUCCCAUUUUGUAUUCAGCUUACGGCCAUCACAAGCUGUGGCCCAGCUCUGGCACUCAAACAUUCGUGGCUCUGAUCAAAAAACUGAAGGACGAGACCAGUGCAGGUACGGCAUGGGACACGUGGAAGAACGUGCGCGUCACCAUGUACCAGCCAGACGGAGGUUACACCGGGAACUGGACAUGGAUGAACUUCAAGGGACGCUGGGGUAACAAAGAGGUUGGAUGUAAACUCCGGGUGCUCACCGGUCAGUGCACGCUCAACAAUGGGAUGUUCACUAUAACUCGCAUGGAGCAAAUGAAAACUGACGAGCUGGAUUAACAAGGUCAGGAAAUUAACAUAUAUUGAUUGAAUGAUACGAUAAAAUGCAGUACAUUUUGCUCAUGCAAAGAAAACCUUUGGA